AUAAACUCAUAGCAACAAGCUGUGUGUUGUUACUAGUAGUACUAUGUCUAACCAAACUUCAGGCCAAAACCAAAAGAGAAAUCAGAAUAAUAAUCAAAACCAAAAUGCAAACCAAAACCAAUAUCCAAAUCCAAACAUGAGCACAUAUCCACAAGAAACUGAAGACUUCAAUCUAAAGGAGACAAAACCAACUCUUGGCGGUGGAAGAGUUGCUGGAAAUGACAGACUUGGCACAGCAUUUGAUCUUGUUGAGCAAAUGCAUUACUUUUAUGUAAGGGUAGUGAAGGCAAAGGAGCUAUCUUUAAAGAAAGAUGGCAAUGACAAAGGCAAUCUUCACCCUUUUGUUGAAGUGCAACUUGGGAAUUUAAAGGGUCUAACUUUGCACUUUGAAGACAGGUCUAGUCCUGAGUGGAACCAAGUGUUCGUCGUGUUGAAGGACCGGAUUCAAUCAAGAAUUCUUGAAGUUUGCCUGAAGGACAAAUCGAGAAUUGGUGAUAGUGAUGGUGGUUUGAUUGGAAGAGUUGUUUUUGAGAUCAAUGAGGUGCCAAAAAGGGUACCCCCAGAUAGCCCUUUGGCUCCUCAAUGGUACUGGCUGGAGAACAAGAAAGGGGAAAAAGUGAAAGGAGAGUUGAUGUUGGCUGUUUGGAUAGGGACACAAGCUGAUGAGGCAUUUCAAGAAGCUUUACAUCUAGAUGCCACAUCAGUGAAUGGUCAUGGGGUUGCAAAUAUAAAAUCUAAGGUUUAUUUAUCACCUAGACUUUGGUAUCUGAGAAUUAAUGUGAUAGAAGCUCAAGAACUGCGGAUAGGCAACAAGAUGCAGCAGCCGGAGAUUUACGUGAGGAUUACACUAGGAAAUGUGGCUUUAAGGACUAAGAAUUCUUUGAUUAAGAACGUUUGCCCAUCUUGGAAUGAGGAUUUGAUGUUUGUAGUUGCAGAACCUUUUGAGGAUCAGUUGGUUUUGAGUGUGGAAGAUAAGGUAGCACCAAACAAGGAUGAAUUUCUUGGGAAGUGUGUCAUCGCUUUACAAGAUGUAGAAAAAAGGGUGGAUUUUAGUACUCCGAUUAGUAAGUGGUAUAGUCUUGAGAAGGAGGUUGUGUCUGAGGGUGGCAACAAAAAAGUUUCCACCAAACUAAACAGCAAGGUUCACUUGAGGCUAUCUUUUGAUGGUGGAUAUCAUGUUCUUGAUGAAUUAACACAUUAUAGUAGUGAUCUCAAGGCCACAUCCAAGGAGUUGUGGAAACCAAGCAUUGGGGUUUUAGAACUUGGAAUCUUGAAUGCUCAAGGUUUAUCCCCGAUGAAGACAAGAGAUGGCUGCGGGAUAACAGAUCCUUAUUGUGUGGUGAAAUAUGGUCAGAAGUGGAUCAGGACAAGAACAAUUCUCAGCAGUUUCAAUCCAAAGUGGAAUGAACAAUACACUUGGGAGGUGUUUGAUCCUUGCACUGUGAUCACAAUUGGAGUGUUUGAUAAUUGUAAUUUGCAAGGUGCAGAUAAAAAUGACAAAGCCAGGGAUUCAAAAAUUGGGAAGGUGAGGAUUAGACUCUCCACACUUGAGACUAAUAGAGUUUACACCCAUUCAUAUCCUCUCAUAGUGUUGACACCAGCAGGGGUGAUGAAGAUGGGUGAAAUUCAACUGGCUGUUAGAUUUUCUUGUUCAUCUUUAUUCAACAUGUUGGCUAUGUACUCUCAACCCCUAUUACCAAUUAUGCAUUACCUUCACCCAUUGACUUACUACCAGAUCGAUAAUCUAAGGCAUCAGGCUGCUCAAAUUGUUGCCACGAGGCUAAGUCGAGCAGAGCCACCAUUGAGAAGAGAGGUGGUGGAGUACAUGCUUGAUGUGGGUUCAAACUUGUGGAGCAUAAGAAGAAGCAAAGCCAACUAUGUUAGAAUAGCUGGGGUCCUAUCAGGCCUAACUGCAAUUUACAAAUGGUUUAAUGGGAUUUGCACUUGGAAGAACCCUUUUGCAACAGUGCUAGUGCACAUCAUAUUCUUCCUAUUCGUAUGCUUCCCGAGGCUGAUCUUAAGCAGCAGCUUCGCCGUUGUUUUCUUGACGGGGACAUGGAACUAUAGAAUGAGGCCAAGAAAGCCACCACACAUGGAUAUCAAAUUGUCACAAGCUGAAAGAGUACCUUGGGAUGAAUUGGACGAGGAGUUUGACACUUUACCAACAUCUCGACACAACGAUGCUGUGAGAAUGAGGUAUGACAGGUUAAGAAGCAUUGGAUCAAUAAUGCAAGCUGUUGCAGGGGAUUUAGCUAAUCAAGGGGAAAGGUUUUAUAACUUGUUGAGCUGGAGAGAUCCAAGAGCUACUGCUCUUUUUCUUAUCUUCUGUUUGGUUGCUUCAAUAGUGCUAUAUGUCAUUCCUUCUGAAGUUGUGGUGAGUGUUAUAGGGUUCUAUACAAUGAGGCACCCAAAAUUCAGAGAGAAACUCCCUUCUGUGCCCUUUAGUUUCUUCAGGAGAUUGCCUGCUAAGACAGACAGCUUGUUGUGAGAGCUGAAUAUGGUGUUGAACUUUGAAAGCUACUUACUUCCUUUUAUUUAUUAGUUGAAUUGUUAUGGGGGCAUUUACUUUUUGUUUAUGUUGAAUUG